AAUGAAACAGCACGGCUAUGUGAGCGCGCAGUGAUGCCAUACGGUCCGCGUCAGGAACACUGAAGCUUAUAGCGGCAGGCUUAUAAUGUCCACUAGUCGAUAUGUGCUUCUGCUCUCUAAUCGUCAAAUCAACUCGCUAAUGUCGUAAAGGUGGAUUCCAAUGCUCCAGAGACAGAGAAGGUAGCGCACAGAGCGGAGGAGCCAUGACUCUGACGAGAGGGUCGUUCACCUACACCACGGGGGAGGAGUACCACGGGGAGUGGAAAGAAGGUCGGAGACAUGGAAUGGGCCAGCUGAAGUUCUCAGAUGGAACGUGCUAUGCGGGACAGUUUGAGAAUGGACUGUUCCAAGGCUCGGGGGUGCUCCUCUUCCCAGACGGAUCCAGGUAUGAGGGUCAGUUUACCCAGGGGAAGUUCCAGGGUGCCGGGGUCUUCAGUCGCUUUGAUGGGAUGAAGUUUGAAGGAGAGUUCAAGAGUGGUCGAGUGGAGGGAUAUGGGUUACUGACGUUUCCAGAUGGGAACCAUGGUGUGCCGCGUAACGAGGGCCUGUUUGAGAACCACAAGCUGCAGAAGAGGGAGAAGUGCCAAGGAGUGGUACUGCAGGCACAGGGAGCUGCCUCCACUGCCCGCAGUCUGGCUCUAUGACCCUGCAGACACCCGAGACCCCACCAGGACACUAUGAGGAGUGGCUAGCUGUUCAGCAACUGGACUCAUCUUAGAUCCAAAAUGGUGGAACAAUGGGUCUCAACCAUGGCCAGGGUACAACAUCCUCAUACAGGCACUCAGGGAUGGACAACAGGGUCAUGCACCAGGGUUGUGGUGAUUCUUGAAUUUGAAUUAGCCACACUCUACAGAAAGAAUAAUUGAAUUUGAAUGAAAGGAAGUAUCAUUUAAUGUAUUUUAUUUAAAUUCAAAUGUAUAAUUUAUUAUACACAUCACUUGGCCUAUGCGCAAUGUACAGUUACUAAUACUAUGUAUAACAUACUGUAGGUUAAACCUAACAUUACCUCUGAGUUAUAAUUAAGUUCAUAUUUUAAAUUGGGUUUCUUCGUAAUAAUAAGUUGCAUAUGCUUUUGGUAAAAUACAUGUCAAAGGAUUGAAACUUUCAUGUCUCAGUUAAAUUGAUUUGAAUUCAAUGUCUACUUCCUUCAAUUCAAAGUCUGCUUUCUGUGGGGUGUGGGCAAUUGAAAUAGAAUUUGGCAUUUCAUGGGUUGAAUUAAAUUCAGAAUUGACCCCAACCCUGUCAUUCUCUCUCUCUCUCUCUCUGUCCGUGUUUCUCUCUCUCUCUCUCUCUCUCUCUCUCUCUCUCUCUCUCUCUCUCUCUCUCUCUCUCUCGCUCUGUCUCUGCCUUUCUGUGUCCUCCUGCUACACCAAUGCUGUUCUGCCUUCAAAUUUUAUUUGUCACAUGCGCCGACUACAACAUUACCGUGAAAUGCUUACUUACAAGCCCUUGACCAACAAUGCAGUUCAAUAAAUAGUUAAGAAAAUAUUUACUAAAUAAACUAAAGUAAUCAAAUCUAAAAGUAACACAAGAAAAUGUCAUAACAAUAACAAGGCUAUAUAUUUUUUUUUUACCUUUAUUUAACUAGGCAUGUCAGUUAAGAACAAUUUCUUAUUUUCAAUGACCGCCUAGGAGAGUGGGUUAACUGCCUGUUCAACGGCAGACCAACAGAUUUGUACCUUGUCAGCUCUGGGAUUUGAACUUGCAACCUUGCGGUUACUAGUCCAACGCUCUAACCACUAGCCUACCCUGCCGCCCCAUAUAUAUAUAUAUAUACACAAGGGGUGCCGGUACCGAUUCAAUGCGCGACAGUAUAGUUAAGGCGAGGUCAUUUGUACAAGCUUGGCCCCAGUGAUAUACUGGGCCGUACACACUACCCUCUGUUGCGCCUUACGGUCAGAUGCUGAGAAGUUGCCAUACCAGGAGGUGAAGGAUGUUAUUGAUGGGGCAGUGGUAGAACUCUUUGAGGAUCUGGGGACCCAUGCCAAAUCUUUUCAGUCUCCUGAGAGGGAAAAGGUGUUGUCGUGCCCUCUUAACUGUCUUGGUAUGUUUGGACCAUAUUUGUUUGUUGGUGAUGUGGAGACCAAGGAACUUCAAACUCUCGACCCACUCCACCCCGUCGAUGUUAAUGGGGGCCUGUCCGGCCCUCCUUUUCCUAUAGUCCAGGAUCAUCUCCUUUGUCUUGCUCACAUUGAGGGAGAGGUUGAUGUCCUGGAACCACACCGCCAGGUCUCAUCUCCUCCCUAUAGGCUGUCUCAUCAUUGUCGGUGAUCAGGCCUACCACUGUUGUAUCGUCAGCAAACUUAAGGAUGGAGUUGGAGUCGUGCUUGGUCAGGCAGUCAUGGGUGUUCAGGAAGGUACUAAGUAUGCACCCCUGAGGGGCCCCAUUGUUGAGGAUCAGCGUAGCAGAAAUGAACUACAACAAGGACAAUGUUUCUGCAAUGAAACACACAACACAGUUACAGCAUCUCACUUUAGAACAGGAAAACCCUGUUUGCUGGCAAUCUUAAUGCCAUACUCCAUCUGACGCCUUUUCAGGUCAGCAGCGUGCUUAAUGUUAUUGAACAUGACGAUAGAAUAACGACAGGUAUGAUUGUUAUUAAAGUAGAAUGGAAAGUAUGCAGUUAAAUGAGCUGUUACUUGUCAUUUAAUCUAUGUCUUAAUGCAUGUGUGUGGGAACCUGUCAGGCCACAUUGUUCUCUUUUGUUUUGAAAUAUCUUUAUGUCAGGGCUAUUUAAUGUCGGUCUUGGAGGGCUGAAACACUCACAAAUGUUUUUCUUCUACCUGGUAGUUAAUUGCACUCACCUGGUGUCCCAGGUCUGAAUUAGUCCCUUAUUAGAAGGAGAGGGUGAAAAACAGAAGUGUUUCGGCCCUCCUGGACCGACAUUGAACAGUGCUGCUUCAUGAUAACACUGGCAGGCAGCUUCUCAGGUUAGCACUCCCCCCUCAGUCUUGGUCUUGACUCCGGUCUUGAAUCGGUCUCACUUUAAGUCUCAAACAAACAUUGCCCGCAGAUGUAUUGUUUUGAAAACAUGGAAGUGUCCCAAAACAUGAUUAAUUUAUUAUUCACGAAAUAGUGGUUCUCACCUACAACAUUAAUCUGGAUUAUCAUAAUGGAAUUGCACUAUUUAAAGAAUCUAGCAUUUCAUUUAUCAGCUAUUGAUCAAAUAGGCAUCACACUGGUGAACUAGUCCUAUACUGAGACUUAUCUACAAUAUGUGAAUAAUGACCUAUUGAUAUGUUUGUAUUGUAGAUAAAACACACAUUUCACAUUUGCCUUAACAGGGUGUGUUGGAGAAAUUGUGUAAAUAGAGGAACUGUUCAUUUGAGGAGGAUCAAAAUGAACUUCUUCCUCCCCUCUGCCAUCCUCUACUUCCUUUCCCUCCUCUUCUACCCUCAUCCGUUCUCUUCUUCCUUUCCCUCCUAUCUCAACCUCUUCUACCCUCAUCUGUUCUCUUCUUCCUUUCCCUCCUAUCUCAACCUCUUCUACCCUCAUCCGUUCUCUUAUAUCCUCAUCCCUCCUCUUCUUCCUUUCCCUCUUCUAUCCUCAUCCCUCCUCUUCUUCCUUUCCCUCUUCUAUCCUCAUCCAUCCUCUUCUUCCUUUCCCUCUUCUAUCCUCAUCCAUCCUCUUCUUCCUUUCCCUCUUCUAUCCUCAUCCCUCCUCUUCUUCCUUUCCCUCUUCUAUCCUCAUCCAUCCUCUUCUUCCUUUCCCUCUUCUAUCCUCAUCCAUCCUCUUCUUCCUUUCCCUCUUCUAUCCUCAUCCAUCCUCUUCUUCCUUUCCCUCUUCUAUCCUCAUCCAUCCUCUUCUUCCUUUCCCUCUUCUAUCCUCAUCCAUCCUCUUCUUCCUUUCCCUCUUCCUUAAUUCCUCCUCCUCUUCCUCUCCUACCCCUCCAUUUGUUCUGAGGGUAUAUCCAGAAGCAUGACAUCCUAAUGAGGCUAACACACACACACACACACACAUACUAUCCUCUGAGACACAUGCUGUGGUGAUGACGGGAUUCAACUCUAAUGACUCCAGUGGUUUUCCACUCUAACAGCCUCUCCAAGGAUGUCAUUUGUAAGGGGAGAGUAGGUUCAACACUGAUUUUGAGUGGCAUGAGUCCUUAGUUGCUACAUCAUUGAUUCUUGAAGAAUAUAACUUGUAAAUUACUCAUGUGCUUAGCUUAACUUGCAUAACCAUCAGAACCCAAAUAUACACUUGUUUUAGUCUGUAACCUCUACAGGAUCGGUGUACCCCCGUGGGACGGUUGAGCUAACGUAGGCUAAUGUGAUUAGCAUGAGGUAGUAAGUAACAAGAACAUUUCCCAGGACAUAGACGUAUCUGAUAUUGUCAGAAAGCUUAAAUUCUUGUUAAUCUAACUGCGCUGUCCAAUUUACAGUAGCUAUUACAGUGAAAUAAUACCAUGCUAUUGUUUGAGGGGAGUGCACAGUUAUGAACUUAAACAUUUAUUAAUAAACCAGUUAGGCACAUUUGGGCAGUCUUGAUACAACAUUUUGAACAGAAAUACAAUGGAUCAGUCUAAAACGUUGUGCAUAAACUGCUGCCAUCUAGUGGCCAAAAUCGAAAUUGCGCCUGGGAUGGAAUAAUACAUUAUGGCCUUUCUCUUCCAUUUCAAAGAUGGUACAAACAAAUACAUUUUUUUUUGUUUUUUCUUUGUUUUUAUCUUUUACCAGAUCUAAUGUGUUAUAUUCUCCUACAUUCAUUUCACAUUUCCACAAACAUCAAAGUGUUUCCUUUCAAAUGGUACCAAGAAUAUGCAUAUCCUUGCUUCAGGUCCUGAGCUACAGGCAGUUAGAUUUGGGUAUGACAUUUUAGGUCCUGAGCUACAGGCAGGUAGAUUUGGGUAUGACAUUUUAGGUCCUGAGCUACAGGCAGUUAGAUUUGGGUAUGACAUUUUAGGUCCUGAGCUACAGGCAGUUAGAUUUGGGUAUGACAUUUUAGGUCCUGAGCUACAGGCAGUUAGAUUUGGGUAUGACAUUUUAGGCAAAAAUGGAAAAAAAGGGGCGGAUCCUUAAGAGGUUCGUACAUUUAAACAAUCACUGUACAGUCUCAAAACAUGGCUAAAAUUAUACAUUUGAUGUUCAGUCCUUGAAUCCAUAGCUCUGUCUUUGAAUUUGAGAGUGGUUACAUUUCUCCAGACCCUUCCGUUGCUUUUUAGCGAAACGGGUGGGGAAUAUGCUUUGUUAUUGAUCCAAUUAAAGACUCCAGCUUUAACAGAACAAAUAGAGGGAAAUGGUCAAACUCUUGCACAGUCCGGAUACUUCUAAAAACCAACAUAACAAAUGCAACAUUUCUGUCACAUAUCCUUCCCUUUGUCAAGACAUGAGGGAAGGACAUGGUUGAUCUGAUAGCAGGCUGUUUAUUCUCUAUGGUUUGUGUAUAGCAUUACAUGUGUGUCUUACAGUAUAUCUCUGUUAGGGGACAAGUGACACUUUAUAGCUAGGGACACUUUAUUAAUCAUUAAUUACACACCUAUGUGAGUUGGCAUUAUUAGUCAUAGGACGGUUGGUAUCUGUAUUCUGUGGGGUUGAAUUGUAUUCUACUAGAAUUGAUCAUGGCUAUAGUGUGAUGAAACCCAAAUGAAUCCAUUGUACAUUAACGGUUUACUCUGACUGAGUAAAUAUAUGGUUUUGUCGGACAACUAGAGCCUUUACUAAAGACAAUGGAAUGAUUAGAUAUACAGAGGAUUUGGGAAGCAGCCGUGUGUGUGUGUGUGUGUGUGUGUGUGUGUGUGUGUGUGUAAUGAGACCAUCAUUAUCAAGAUAUACUCCGUGAAUCCCCAGAGGGUAGAAUGACAUGGAGAUCAAUGCUAUAUGGUAAAGACUUAUCCCCUAGGGAUUUAUGCUAAUAACAAAGACAAAGGGAUUGACAGGAGACGUCUUAUUGUUGACAUUCUGGCUGCUAAUUUGACAAUAAAAAGUACCUUCUAA